UUUUGGGGUCUCCAUAUUUCUUACAAACCUACUAUUUGACAUAUGCUGUUUUUCAAUGGUCCAGCUUUUUUAUUAUUAUUUUUAUGCAUCUCAAGACCCAUUGCACUCCAUCCAGGUGUUUUUGAACACUAAUACAUCUAUUGUAAGCACCUCCUGAGGAACGAGUCAGAUGAACCUCAAACCAGCCUAAUACCAAUUAGUCACCUAGUUUUCCAGGCAACUGAUUAAAAAAAAAUCGUGACUGAUGCAGCACCACCAUCAAAAACUAAAUUUGCUUCAUCAGUCAGGACGUUUAUGACUGGCACCACAGUGUGAGCAACACACAUUAGAUCUGUGACCUCAAUAAGAUUCAAUAAGGGUGUUUAGUACUUGUCUCCCUCCCCUUCUACAUCUCAAGCUCCUUCUUUCUUCUCCUUAUAAAGUCUCUUCUCUUUCUCUCUCAUUGGCUUUUGGCCUGUUCUCGAUCUCCGAAUGUCUUCUCCUCCCUCUCUGCUGUUCUGUAGCUUUGGCAGCCUUUCAGCCAUUAGAUCAAUCCUGAAAGUAGAGCAGAAUCUCAGAAGCUCCCCCCUUUCCUCUUCCUGCAAAAGCAUUGACUGAUCUUGAUCAAGAACCCCCAAACAUCCAGACCCUCCUGUUGGGAAUGUACUGAUGUUACUGUAAUGUCUUGUUGCCUCAUUAAAAAUGCCAUGUGGUUUAUUCAGCUGCCCGUUUUGGCCUCACUACCCGGACGAGCGGCAGGUGCCAGUCCUGCGUAUCCCAUCUGACCCCUACGGGAUCUGUCGAGCUCAGCAACAGGCGUGUGCCAGAGCUGAGUAAAGCCUCCGGAGACCUAGACGCCAGGGCUAUUAAAAAACACACACUCAUAUACAAUCAUUUGUUCUUUUGAAUAUGUGGGUGUGUUAUGGGUGUAGGCAUGUGGGCUUCGGGCCAGGCGUGCGUAGUGGUACUUCCGCCGCUCCAUGUCUGCCACCUGUUUCCCGUAAUGCUUCAUGGCAUGGUGUGCUUUCUGCCUCUGACGUGAAGCUAUAAAAGCAAAAGUGGUUGUGUGGCGUGUGGUUCACAUUGAAGAGCGCAGUACAACAGUUUGUGUGAAGUUUACAGCUUUUCAGGGAGAAGAUAUGCCAAGCCUUGUGAAAAGAUGCAACAGAGAGUUUGAGAGCGUGGAGAUGAAUAAGCUGCGUCAGAGCCUGCGCAGGAAGAAGCCCACCUACAUGCCGGAGGCCAGCCGGCCGCACCAAUGGCAAGCAGAUGAAGAGGCUGUACGAAAGGGCAAAUGCAACUUUCCUGUCCGAUACCUCGGUCUGGUGGAGGUAGAGGAGUCCAGAGGGAUGCAUGUGUGCGAAGAAGCAGUGAAAAAACUGAAAGUGAGUGGGAAAAAAACUGUCAAGGCUGUGCUUUGGGUGUCCGCUGAUGGCCUGAGAGUAGUGGAUGACAAAACCAAGGACCUCAUUGUUGACCAGACCAUUGAGAAAGUGUCUUUCUGUGCACCUGACCGUAAUUACGAUAAGGCAUUCUCCUACAUUUGCCGUGAUGGAACGACUCGCCGCUGGAUGUGCCACUGCUUCAUGGCCUUGAAGGACUCGGGUGAACGUUUGAGCCAUGCGGUUGGAUGCGCCUUUGCUGCUUGCCUUGAGCGGAAGCAACGCAGAGAGAAGGAGUGCGGGGUCACGGCUUCCUUUGAUGCAAGCCGCACCUCGUUCGUGAGGGAAGGCUCAUUCCGCAUCUCCUCUGCUGGACAGCAAAAUGACCGGGAGGACAUCAUGAAACAGCUGCAGGACAAAAAGAAAGAAGCAUGUGGCAUUUCUGCAAUGCCACCUGGAAAUGCUUCACCUCCAGAGGGAGCGGCUUCCCCAGGGGAGAGGGCGGAGCCAGGUGGGCCUCACGCCAUCCCGCGCCGACACGCCCCAAUCGAGCAGCUGGUGCGGCAGGGCUCUUUCCGAGGCUUCCCUCAACUUAGCCAGAAGAACUCACCUUUUAAACGGCAGCUCUCCCUACGCUUGAAUGAUCUCCCAUCAACCCUGCAGCGCAAAACGGACUUCCAGACCAAGAACCCAGUUCCAGAGAUGGAUUUGUCGGUGACAGGAGAGGCAGACAGCAUAAACGCUCUGUGCAGCCAAAUCAACAGCUCUUUCACCAAACCCUCUGAGGACCUGUGUGCCAAAGCCACCGGCAACUGCUUGCCAGUUUGCAGCGCUCCACCUGCCAUUCCCCCUCCACCUGCUCCUCUGCAAGCUACAAGCUCAUGGGUUCAAACAGAGCCUGCUCUCCAGUCUCCUCCUCCCGUGCCUCAGAGUGGCCACAAACGAACCCCAUCUGAAGCAGAGCGCUGGCUGGAGGAGGUGGCUAAAGCGGUGAAAGCCCAGCAGCAGACUCCACCUACUCUUCCGCCACCACCCACUCAGCAACCUCCACCCAUGCCCACCAUUCCCAUCGCACCUGGUUCCCUCCCCAGCUCAAUGCAGCCGUUCCCAAUGGCCUUUGACGUCACUCCCGCACCUGUUGGCAUGUUCGCCCAACAGCCUCUUCAACCGGCUUUUGUACCUAUGCAGCCAUACAUGCCCAAUCUGGCCAACAGCAUGACCUAUCCCAAUGCCAGUGUGCCAGUAGUGGGCAUCACACCGUCGCAAAUGGUUGCUAAUGUAUUCUGCACUGCAGCCAGUACAGGGGGUGGAGUGGCGAUGGGAGUCGGGAUGGGGCCUAAGACAGGUACGCUUGGCGGUGGCCAAAAUUCAUCUUUCCCCACCCUGCCCGGAGGUUUCCCAACCACCACAUUUGCCUCUCCUCCAACCGUCAACGGCCACCCGCACAACUCCUUUCCAUCAACGACCGCGACCACCAGUGUUACUCAAAACGGUAGUACCAUAAAAAGCGGUACCAGUUGGCCAAUGGAAGGUCUGAAUCCGAAUCCCACUAGCAGUUCCCAGGAAGCAGAGCAUUUUGAGGCAAAGUGGGCUGCUCUGGAGUCCAAAUCGCAACCGAAGGCGCAAAACCCUUUUUCGAAUGACUUACAAAAGACUUUUGAGAUUGAACUAUAAUUGUAAGUAGAGUCUGAAAGUCUGGAACUGUUUCAUAACCCAUUCCCCUUCCCCUUUUUUGGUCUCCUAAAGGGUUUUCUUAUGCUCCUGGUCUGUUUAAGGGCAUUGGUUGUUGUAAAAGAUAGUCUGGUUGCAUUUUGUGUCAUUUUGAGAGUCAGACUCAAGAUUUGGAGAAUGGUUCGGCACUUACAGGACGGCUUAAAAGAGAAACCUGCACAUUACUUUCAUCAGUAAUGACCCUUGCUUGGAAAAUGAAUCAUUUUACCUAAAGGAAAUACUGAAAUUAGGGGAUGGUCAGAAUCUAUUUAUUGUUUUUAUUUGAUUAUAAUGGUUAUUUUUAAUCAGAAUUUAAUUAUUCUUGGGUUUCCCUUAUUUAUUUUUAUUGAUCAGGGUCAAAAUUUACAAGUGGAAUAAAUUGGCUACUUGAAAACUGACUCACCAAAUGAUAGAUUUUAAAAUAAUUUGAGCUACAGUAUCUUGUAGAACUAUGAGUUUACUUUGUGAUGUAAAUAGCAUGCUUUCAGUUUACUUUUAUUUAUUGCCCUUUCUGUGGCCGUUUAGUUUCAUUAUUUUAAAUUAAUCAGUCGUGAACCAUUGAAGCAUCCGCUCUGAACCAAGUGGAUACCAAAAGUUCCACCAACAGACACAUUCCAACCCUGAUUAUACUAUCGACACCCAUAAUGCAAUGAAAAACUAGACCGAAAUGCCAGUGUAGUGACCUUGAUCUUUGUUAAUUAUCCUUUUGUGCAACAUCUAGAACAUUUCUGGGGGUUAUAGUUUUAUUUUUAUAAUAUGUUUAGCCAGACAUGUUCAAAUAUGUCAAUUUGGUCGACAAUAACAUUAACCUUCAAUGGGCUCAUGGGGCUUCUCAGUUAUUAAGAAUGUAUUUCAAAAACUUUGUGACCAUUCUAGGGCAUUAAAAUGACAAAAUGGGUGCUUCUGAAGGAGCAACUGUAUUAGAAAAUAUUUGAAAAGGGUUGAAGAUGGAGGUUAUAGUGUUUUGCAAGCAAUGGUACGACUACACAGACUCUUAAUGGGACAGAGUCAUAUGGUCCCGUUCAUGCAUGCUUAAAAUAUCCCAUAUUACAGUAUGUUAAAACAUUGAAUAUGCAUAUUAGUCUUGGCUUUCGUUUCUUAUCACCACUGUUUCACUUCGCUGGUCUAAGAAAGGGAUUAAUUGUUUUUAAUUGCAGGUGAAUAAUGUCACGCACUCUACACAAUAGAUCCUCAUGCAGUUAUUCUGAAAACCAACCCUUCUCAUUCGUGAGGUUCAUAUUAACGUUGUGCGUUUAGGCACAUUUAUCAUUUAAAGGGGUCAUAUGAUGCUAUUUUAAAAAGUUUUUAUUAUUUUGUUGAUUGGGUGUAAUGGAAUAGGUUAACAUGAUUUCAUGUUCAAAAAACACAUUUUUCACAUAUUGUAAAUUAUUGCAGUACCUCUAUUCCUAGUCUGUCUUAAAUAGUCUACAAAGAGCCUCCUUCUGAAAAGCCCAGUGAUCUGAUUGGCCAGCUGACCCAGUGCUUUGUGAUUGGCCAAAAACCUCAAGCGUGUGUCGGAAAAGUAACGCUCUUUACCAUAUAUAUAUAUAUAUAGACAUUCCCGGAAGUAAUAUCUGGCCUUCAAUAGAGGUCGAUUCGAUAAAUCUUUUUGUGGGAGACUAUAGCUUUACAGAUCUUACAUGCACAAACCAAUACAUUACACACUAAAAGCAUCAUAUAACCCCUUUAUUAAUGCUCAGUGUUUGUAUUUUUAUUUUCAUCAGAGUGUACGAAUAAGAUGUUGAAUGAUCUUUCUGGAGUGUGUUGAGCCUGCGAGGUUCAAAGCUAGAUGAUCAAAGUCAGACUGCACACUGUGCUCGGUGAGGUGAACUCCAGACACUCUUCCUGUGGAGACUUAAUAGCAGUGGACAUUCAAGGCAGGCACAAUGUUUUUAACUCCUGUUUCAAAAAGGCCAUUUGGACCGCAAUGUGUUAUAAAUUGACCUCCCGGUUUUCUUAUCAAUUGUUUAUUACAGGGUCAUGCAGGUCUAUUGUGGCACAAUGAAUCUAAAAAUAGUCCUUUUUCCAAAGACAAUGCAUUUGUAAUUUGGCCAAGCGAUAUGUUGUAUGGCGUUAAAUGGAUGAAUUCAUUAUACUCAGUUGCCCUGGUCUUUUUGUCCACUCUCUCCCCUUGACAAAAUCUAGGUUUUUCAAAACCAGGGAACUAAAUUACCUCAUAAAGUUGAUUGUAAACUUUAGUGUAGUGAUAACAAACCAGUGGAGUUUAUUUUUAUUCUUUAUUUACAGAAUUUUGUAUUUAAACCUACAUAUUUCUAUUGUAAUUACAUUGUAUAAAAGAUAAAUAAAUAAUAUAAUAUAAACAAUGGUA